AGCCCUCACUUCCAUAUCCAUAACCUUGUCCAUAUUUUCACUGACAACACAACCUUAAAACAAAAAAAAAAAGAACCUUGAUAGUAAAAUGGAAGAUCAUCAAGAAAGUACCAAUGUACACAUGUAUAGAGGAGUAAGGAAGAGAAAAUGGGGGAAAUGGGUGUCUGAGAUACGCGAACCAGGGAAGAAAACUCGAAUAUGGCUGGGGAGUUAUGAGACACCAGAGAUGGCUGCUGCAGCCUAUGAUGUUGCUGCAUUUCAUCUAAAAGGUGAGAGAGCUAAGCUCAAUUUCCCCGAAUUACUAGAUACUUUCCCCAAACCUUUAAGUUCAAGACCUGAAGAUGUGCAAAUGGCAGCUCAUGAAGCAGCAAUGAGGUUUGAACAGCCAACUCCGGUGCCACCCGAGGGCGGUGGUGGACCGGUGGGCCCGGUGAGGGUAGGUCUAUCAGCGAGUCAAAUUCAAGCGAUUAAUGAAUCGCCAUUGGACUCGCCAAAAAUGUGGAUGGAGCAAGCUGGGGAUUUAUUACUGAGAGAUCAUGUUAGAGAAUACACUAGUCCCUCGUCGUAUUCUUUUAAUGACCCUAUGGUUAUGUGUGAUGACAUUGGUGGGUUUAAGGAGUUGGAUGAAAUGCAACAAUAUCAUGAUUCUAUUUGGGAUUUUUAAUUAGGGGAAAAAAUUCCAUAUGGCCCCUUUAAGUAAUUAUAUUUUAGACAAAAUUAUUUGGGGCCAAUUGAAGAAAAACAAAAGUUUAUGCCAUUCAUCUUUUAGGAUAUUGAAUGGUAUAAAUUUGUGUCUCUUUAAUUUAUUUUUGUUUAACCCCUUUUCUGCAGAAAUAGAGAUUCUUUUGUAGAAUAAAUAUUAUUAUUAUAUUCUUGAGAAGUCCAUGAAGAUGGACUAAAUCAAUAUAAAGAGGAUAAUGGUGGAGCCUAUUGAAUUU